CUUCUGCACACCGCUUCCAGUUGCCUCUUCACCUCCUCCUGCUCCAGUCAGGCUGGACUUGAGCCGAUUUCUAGAGUUUGGAGAAAGCAACUCCUGCAAAUUCUUCUAGGUUCCUGAACUUAAACUGCACGUCGCUACAAAGGGCGGGGGACGCGUGGCGUGGGAGCUCUGGGUCCCGGCGCGCACCCACUGAGCUGCUUCUCUCCCUCUCUUGCCCUAGUCAUGGAAGGGAUGGAGGACGCCGAGGCCGAUUGCUCUGUUGCAUUCGCGGAGGCUCAGAGAUGGGUGGAGGCUGUAACUGAGAAGAAUUUUGAAACAACGGAUUUUCGAGCCUCUCUAGAAAAUGGUGUUCUGUUGUGUGACUUGAUUAAUAAGCUCAAACCUGGCGUCGUUAAGAAGAUCAAUAGACUGUCUACUCCAAUAGCAGGUUUGGAUAACAUAAACGUUUUUUUGAGAGCUUGUGAACAGAUUGGAUUGAAAGAAGCCCAGCUUUUUCAUCCGGGGGAUCUUCAGGACUUAUCAAACCGAGUCACCGUCAAGCAAGAAGAGACUGACAGGAGACUGAAAAAUGUUUUGAUAACUUUGUACUGGCUGGGAAGAAAAGCACAAAAUAACCCCUACUAUAAUGGUCCCUAUCUCAAUUUGAAAGCUUUUGAGACUCUUUUAGGACAAGCUUUGACUAAGGCACUUGAAGAUUCCAGCUGCCUGAAAAGAAGUGGUCGGGACAGUGGCUACGGGGACAUCUGGUGUCCUGACAGAGGAGAAUUUCCUGCCCCUCCAGGUAGCCACAGAAGGGAAGAUUCCUUUGAGAGCUUGGACUCGCUGGGGUCCAGAUCUCUGACCAGCUGUUCCUCAGACUUCACUCUGAGAGUUGGCAAGGAAGGUUGCGAAAGUGACAUCGAUUGGGAAUUUACAUUCAAAAUGCAGGAUUAUAACAAAGAUGAUAUGUCCUACCGAAGGAUUUCAGCCAUUGAACCAAAGUCGGCUCUCCCAUUCAAUCGUUUCUUGCCGAACAAAAGCAAGCAGCCGUCCUAUGUGCCAGCACCUUUGAGGAAGAAGAGGCCAGACAAACAUGAGGAUAACAGGAGGAGCUGGGCAAGCCCGGUCUACACAGAAACAGACGGAACAUUUUCAAGUACCCAGAGGAGAACCUGGGGUCCCAAGAUGGAGACCUGGCACACAGUCCAAGAAACUUCCACCUCCUCUUGGUGUUUAGAAGAGGAAGAGGAAAAAUUCACGCGCAUGCCCAACAUUGUGAAGGAUGAUCUGUAUGUGCGGAAGCUUAGCCCAGUCAUGCCAAGCCCAGGGAGCUCUUUUGAUCAGUUCCUUCCCAAAUGUUGGACUCCAGAAGAUAUGAACUGGAAAAAAAUUAAAAGAGAGACUUAUAAGCCAUGGUAUAAGGAAUUUCAGGGAUUCAGAAGGAAUUCUGACUCUGAGAAUGAGGAUUCGGGCUCUUUCCAAAGCUCCACCAUUUUCAGUAGACUAGACAAGGCAGACCAUAGGUUAGACAGCAACUACCAAAGACCUUCACUCUUGCUGGAGCUAGCUACCAAACACACUAUGAGGUCACGGGACACCCAUGCAGCCAGGAGGACCAGCAGUGCUUUGGAGGAAUCCAGUCAGUUUUUAUUGCUUCAGGCCCUCCAAACCUACUCUGAUGACAUCUUGUCCUCGGAAACAAGUGUCAAACUCGAUCCUACCUCUGGCCCCAGGCUCAUAACUCGCAGGAAGAAUCUCUCUCCCGCACCAGGCUAUCGAGCCCAUGACCUUGAGCUGCCAGCCCUAGAUCCCGACUUAGAAAAUGACGAUUUCUUUGUCAGAAAAACAGGGGCUUUCCAUGCAAAUCCGUGUGUCCUUCGAGCCUUUGAAGACUUUAGAAGUUUCUCGGAGCCGGACGAUGCCGUGGAACGAGAUAUAAUUUUGCAGAGUCGGGAAGGUGAACUUGUACUUCCAGAUUUAGAAAAGGAUGAUAUGAUUGUCCGUAGGAUUCCAGCUCAGAAGAAAGAAGUGCCCCUUUCUGGGGCCCCGGAUAGGUACCAGCCAGUCCCUUUCCCUGAACCCUGGACCCUACCUCCAGAAAUCCAAGCGAAGUUUCUCUCUGUGCUCGAAAGGACACGCGCACCCAAAGAAAACAGCACCGGCUGUAGAGUGUUAGUACCUUCCUACCGACAGAAGAAAGACGACAUGUUGGCUCGCAAGAUCCAGUCUUGGAAGCUGGGGACUGCUGUACCUCCCAUCAGUUUCAAGCCUGGCCCCUGCAGCGAGGCCGACCUGCAGAAGUGGGAGGCCAUCCGGGAGGCCAGCAGGCUUAGGCACAGGAAGCGGCUGAUGGUUGAGAGACUCUUUCAAAAGAUCUAUGGUGAGAAUGGGAGCAAGUCCCUGAGCGAUGUCAGCGCAGAGGAUGUUCAGCACCUGCGUCAGGUGCGCUACGAGGAGAUGCAGAAAAUAAAAUCCCAGCUGAAAGAACAAGAUCAGAAAUGGCAGGAUGACCUUGCAAAAUGGAAAAGUCGCCGGAAGAGUUACACUUCGGAUCUGCAGAAGAAAAAGGAAGAGAGGGAAGAGAUUGAGAAGCAGGCACUUGAGAAGUCUGACCGCAGCUCCAAGACAUUUAGGGAAAUGCUGCAGGACAGGGAAUCUCGAGGUUCUACAGUUACGUCUUGGAGGAGGACCUAUUCCUCUGAUGACAUCCUCGAUGAUGGAGUGCUCCCUCCUACAGUGACUCUGUCAGAAACUCGUUACCAGAGCGAGAGACUAGAAGAUGAGGCAAGAGCGCAUCCUGCUGAGAUGCCCAAAGAAGACUCCACAACAUUUGCAAAUAGAGAGGACAGUGUAGUAGCUGAGACUCAGCUUGCUUCUCAUAUUCCCGAAGAGCAACGUCUGGCCCCUUCUCCCUCUGCGGAACCGCGCCAGGCCUCUGUAUCUUCUGCGGAACUGCACCAGGCCCCGUUGCUGUCCACAGAACCACGCCAGACCCCAUUGCCUUCCGAGGAACCACACCCGGCCUCUCUAUCUUCUGCACUACAGCGUCCAUCCUCACUCUCUUCUCAGCAGUCAUGGAGUACAAGAGCAGAGUCCACUCGGGUUUCAGCUUCUCUCCCUAGAAGUUACCAGAGAACCGAUACAGCCAGGUUAACAUCUGUGGUCACAGCGAGACCUUUUGGCACAUCUUCAAGGGGAAUCUCCUCACUGCCCAGAUCCUACACGAUGGAUGAUGGCUGGAAAUACAACGGAGAUGUUGAAGUUGUCAAGAGAGAGCAACUCGAUUUGGGCAGAGCCACUGGCCCGAAGCCUGACUCCAGCCACUUUAUUUCGGGCUCAGCCAGUGAGAAGGAGGUCAUAGCCACAGAAGAUGUGGCAAGCUUGUCCUCUCCCACACUCCCUUCCUCAUCUCUCUCCCACGACCAGGCAGCCUCUUCCAAAGCCACGUUCUCAUCAAUAUCUGCUUUGGAUUCAGUGUCUGACUCUGGAGAAGGAAGAGGCUCACCAUUGAGGGAAGUUUCCAGGUCCCUGGAUCAGUUCAGCGAUAUGAGAAUCAGCAUAAACCAGACGCCCGGGAACAAACCUGUCUUUGGGUUUACCACAAAAUGGGAUAUUUCUGGGAUCUUCGUAGCAUCAGUCGAACAAGGUAGCCCAGCAGAAUUUUCUCAGCUGCAGGUAGAUGAUGAAAUUCUUGCUAUCAAUAACACCAAGUUUUCAUAUAAGGAUACAAAAAAGUGGGAGGAAGUUAUGGCCAACGCCCAAGAAACUGGAAACUUAGUGAUGGACGUCCGGCGUUACGGAAAGUCUGGUUCACCUGAAACAAAGUGGAUCGAUACAACUUCAGGAAUUUACAACACAGACAAGUCUUCAAGUUUAUCAGUAACAACUGAUUUCUCUGAAAGCCUUCAGAGUCCUUAUACUGAAUCCAAAGAAGUCAACGGAAUCCACGAGGAAAGUAACGCCUUUGAUUCAAGAGCAUCAGAAUCCAUUUCUUUGAAAAAUUUAAAAAGGCGAUCACAAUUUUUUGAACAAGGAAGCUCGGAUUCUGUGACUCCCGAUCUUCCGGUUCCAACCCUCAGUGCCCCGAGUCGCUGGGCUUGGGAUCAAGAGGAGGAGAGACGGCGGCAGGAGCGGUGGCAGAAAGAGCAAGAUCGCCUACUGCAGGAAAAAUACCAACGUGAGCAGGAGAAGCUGAGGGAGGAGUGGCAGAGAGCCCAACAGGAGGCGGAGAGAGAGAAUUCCAAGUACCUGGAUGAGGAGCUGAUGGUCCUAAAUUCCAACAGCAUUUCUCUGACCUCCCGGGAGUCUGUGGCCACCACCUGGGAAGCCACGUGGAGUGAAGGGUCCAAGUCUCUGGACAGCGAAGGCACCCGAGCCGGAGAGGAGGACAGGGGACAGCUGGAAGACGAUGCUGUGUAUGAGGACCAAAGUCAGAGGCUGCAGGAACAGCUCAUGCUUGAGCAGGAGAAGAAACGGAAGGAGCAAGAGGCUCAGGAAGAGGAGCGCCGCAAGCAGCGGGAGGCCCAAGCCCGGGCAGAGGCAGAAGCCCAGGCUCGGGCAGAGGCCCAGGCUCGGGCGGAGGCAGAAGCCAAGGCUCGGGCAGAGGCCCAGGCCCGGGCGGAGGCUGAGGCUCAAAAACGAGCUGAAGCUCAGAAGCUCCAGGCAGAGAGGGAACGUGAAACGUCGGUCAAAAUAUACCAGUACCGAAGGCCCAUUGAUUCCUACGACCUACCAAAGAGAGAAGACGACUCUUCAGGGAUGCUUCCAACUGACAGGAGUAAAUCAAGAUCUACUACGGAACUAAAUGACUCCCUCAUAGAGAAAAAUGGAGGCAGCAAAUAUUCAGAGAGCAUUGGGACCACUGGCUUUUCACAUAGGAGUUCUAAGAAGGAUCAAGCCCCCUCAGAAGCAGAGCUGGAGAGACAGCAAAUCCUUCAGGAAAUGAGGAAGAGGACAUCUCUCCACAAUGACAACAGCUGGAUCCGACAGCGCAGCGCCAGUGUAAACAAGGAGCCCAUCUGCCUGCCUGGGAUCAUGAGGAGAGGGGAGUCUCUGGACAAUCUGGAUUCCCAGCGGCCGGGUUCCUGGAGGCAGUCCCCUUGGCACAGCCAGCCUGCCGGGGUCUACACUUCUUCCUCUGUCCAAGACUUCAGUCGCCCCCCACCUCAGCUGUUGUCUACAUCAAACCGCGCCUACAUGCGGAACCCAUCCUCUGCGGUGCCACCUCCAGCCGGCUCUGUGAAGACCUCCCCAGGGUCUCCCUCUCCACGCAGCCAUUCCCCUUCCAUGUCACAGUCAGGCUCUCAGCUACGGAAUAGGUCAGUGAGUGGGAAGCGUGUGUGCUCCUACUGUAAUAACAUUCUGGGCAAAGGAGCCGCCAUGAUCAUCGAGACCCUGGGUCUUUGUUAUCAUUUACAUUGUUUUAAGUGUGUCUCCUGUGGGUGUGACCUCGGAGGCUCUUCCUCAGGAGCUGAAGUCAGAAUCCGAAACCACCAACUCUACUGCAAUGACUGCUAUCUCCGAUUCAAAUCUGGACGGCCAACCGCCAUGUGAUGUAAGCCCCCAUUCGAAAGCGCUGUUGCAGAUAGAAGAGGAGGCGCUUGUCACUGAUGCAGAACUAUAAAAAAAAUGCUGGAUGAUUUUUCCCCUCUUUUUUUUUUUUUUAAAAGGAAUAAUCAUUGCUGCGUUAGAUGACAUAGGAACACUGUGGUGUUGGUAGGACCUGUAUUUUUGUUGUUUAUUUAUAAGAAGGUAAUUGUGUGUGUGUGGGGGGGGGGGAGGAGUGCAGUAUUGACCUUUUGAAUUCAGCAUCCUAAAAGCACAAGUGGAAAACAAAACUAAACAAAGCUCAAGAACGUAAAAGAAAAUCCUUCUCACGCUCAUGUGGUUGAUGAUCUCGCCUGACUCUCUAGUGGUUUUUCGAGGAAGGUAUUUUAUUUUAAUUUUUUUAAAGUUCUUAAACAUUAUUUGAAAUAGUUAAUAUAAACGUGUAACUGUGUUUGUUUAUUAUAAUGUAUUCUAAGUUAAUGUGGAACCAUAUGAAAAAUUUCACUUAAAUCCACCCAUAAAUUUGCUUUUUUUGUGGUUUUCUUUACACGAAAAUAAUCCGAUUGAAAAAUAACUUUGCUUCUGUAAUGUUUUAUUGGCUUGAGGAGGGCACUCAAUUUUCUUUACAAGGACUGUUGAUGCUAAGCAAAUGCCAGGAGAGGGCUGUUUACUUUCAAUAAUGAAAAAUAUCCAUGGCUUGUAUACCAGUGAUUUCCUCCAGAAACACGUGAGCUUUUCUGUUCUGCUGCCUUUGUAAAUAAACUUGGUGAUGCAUUUAAGGAA